GUGGGUUCUGCAGCCAGAGAUCCAGUAGUCAUCGUGGAAGGCUGGACACCAGAGCCCUGCUAGAGAGGAUUUGUGCAGGAGUGUAGGAGUUUAGCUGUGUAGCCGUGAAGGAGUGUAGGAGUUUAGCUGUGUAGCCGUGAAGGAGUGUAGGAGUUUAGCUGUGUAGCCGUGAAGGAGUGUAGGAGUUUAGCUGUGUAGCCGUGAAGGAGUGCAGUAGUUUAGCUGUGUAGCCGUGAAGGAGUGCAGGAGUUUAGCUGUGUAGCCGUGAAGGAGUGUAGGAGUUUAGCUGUGUAGCCGUGAAGGAGUGUAGGAGUUUAGCUGUGUAGCCGUGAAGGAGUGCAGGAGUUUAGCUGUGUAGCCGUGAAGGAGUGCAGGAGUUUAGCUGUGUAGCCGUGAAGGAGUAUAGGAGUUUAGCUGUGUAGCCGUGAAGGAGUGUAGGAGUUUAGCUGUGUAGCCGUGAAGAAGUGUAGGAGUUUAGCUGUGUAGCCGUGAAGGAGUGCAGGAGUUUAGCUGUGUAGCCGUGAAAGAGUGCAGGAGUUUAGCUCUGUAGCCGUGAAGGAGUGCAGGAGGGAGUGCAUCUCUGCAGAGCUACAACUGGCCUGUGGAAGAGCUGUCCUGGAGUGUUUCUCUGUCUGUACCAUUAACAGCCUGGGAGAGAUGGACAGUCACAACCACAGCCACAGGAGGCAGGAGGCUCAGUCCACUGAUAUGGAGUUGCGGAUCCUGGUGGUGGGGUCCAGUGGACCGUCUCAGUUCUCUCUGACCAACUCUAUCCUGGGGCGGGAGGAGUUCUCCAAGGACGUCACCAGCAUCGUCCAGAGCAGGAAGAACCUGGGGGACCUGGCUGGGACGCGUGUCGCUGUGGUCAACGGACCCAACCUCUACGGGAAGCACCUGUCCCGCACUAAGAUGAAGACAGAGAUGAAGAGGUGCAAGUGUCUGUCAGCCCCCGGCCCUCACGCCCUGCUCAUGGCCUUUGACCUGGAGCAGAUCUGCCCCAACGACGUCAAGACGCCCAAGCUGAUGGUGAAGCGUUUCGGUGAAGAUGCCCUUUCCCACACCAUGGUCCUCCUGGCCUACGAGGGGGACGUAGACAUUCUGGCACUGGAGAACCGGGUCAGCACUGACUGGCACAUCCGGGCGCUCAUCGAGCAGUGCGGCGGGCGCUACCACGUCUUCAACAAGAACUGGAGGGACCGUUCUCGAGACAAGGAGCUCCUCCAGAAGAUUGAACGGAUGCUGGCGACCUUGGGCGGGCAGCACUACACCAGCCGCUCCUACGGGCAGGCGGAGGAGAGCGUGAGGAAGGAAGAGAGGAAGCUGCUGAAGAAGAGGGCGGCGGAGACAGAGGAGGCAUGGAGGGAGCUGGAGCAGCAGUACCGGGGGGAGGCGCUGCGCUGGCAGAUGGACGCCUACAACAGCAGCGUGGGAGCAGAGAUCAGGGCUAAAGCCGAGAUGGACAACGGAUGGUUGAGGACGUCGCUCGCCGUAGGGGCGGGGUUGGGGCUGGCAGCGGGGGCCGCCAUGGGGAUGGCGAUGGGGGCGGUGGCGGGUGUGAUGGGGAUGACGAUGGGAGGUGCUCUCGGAGGGCUGAUGGGUGGGUCGGCGGGUGGGACGGCCCAGGUAGCGAUAGAACACCUGGAGGAUAGAGUGGGACCACACGCUACUAACUUCAACACCGUGUUCAUCAACCGCUUCUUCAGGCCACCUCGUUCAUGA